AUGUCGGGAGGCAGACAGGAGGACAAGAAGCCGGAGCAGUCUGAGUACAUUAUUCUGAAGACCCAGAGCCAGGAUGGGAAUGAAGUAUUUUUCAAGAUCAACCGCGGCACACCACUAAUGAAGCUGAUGACUGCCUACUGUGAUCGCAUGUCUGUAGAUUUCAGUUAUGUUCGCUUUCUCUUUGAAGGUAGUAGGCUUCACGGUGAGAGAACACCAGAGGAGUUGCAUAUGGAAGAUGACGAUCAAAUUGAUGUUGUGGUUUCCCAAGAUGGGGGAUGUAUGAUCAUCUACGUUUAG